UGUGCCUCUGUCUACCUCAGUCCUCAGACCAAACCACAAACCUCUCACCAUGGCUCAACAACCAAUCAGCCUCCCUGCCAAACUCAUCAAUGGUGGAGUUGCUGGACUGGUGGGUGUUACCUGUGUGUUUCCUAUAGAUCUUGCCAAGACAAGACUCCAGAACCAAAGAGGAAGCCAACGGGUUUACAAAAGCAUGAUGGACUGUCUGAUAAAGACCGUUCGAUCUGAGGGAUACUUUGGAAUGUACAGAGGGGCAGCAGUCAACCUGACACUGGUGACUCCUGAGAAGGCCAUCAAACUGGCCGCCAAUGAUUUCUUCCGUCAACAGCUCAGUAGCGGAGAACUCAAGCUGAGCGUGUUUCAGGAAAUGUUGGCUGGCUGUGGGGCAGGGAUGUGUCAGGUCAUUGUCACAACCCCGAUGGAAAUGCUCAAGAUCCAGCUUCAGGACGCAGGACGACUUGUGACCCAGCAGAGGAAGUUACCCGUGCUCCACACUGUGAAACUUGGAACAGCCAUUCCAGUCCUGAACUGUUCGUACAGUGUGGGUCCUGUGUCUUCAAUCAGGAAAGUGUCAGCCAUACAGAUUGCCCAAGAACUGCUUCGCACAAAGGGCAUCCAGGGACUUUACAAAGGACUAGGAGCAACUCUCAUGAGGGACAUCCCUUUCUCUGUGGUUUACUUUCCAAUGUUUGCUCAUAUCAACAAGCUGGGAAAGACCUCUGAGGAUGACAAUGUGCCUUUUUACUGGUCUUUUAUUUCUGGCUGUGUGGCUGGAUGUACAGCGGCUGUGGCAGUCAGUCCUUGUGACGUCGUGAAAACCCGGCUGCAGUCACUCAAUAAGAGUGCAAACGAAGACACCUACAAUGGUGUGGCAGACUGCAUCAGAAAGAUAAUGCGCAAAGAAGGGCCAACUGCUUUUCUGAAGGGUGCUGGCUGCAGGGCGCUGGUCAUUGCUCCACUCUUUGGAAUUGCUCAAGUGGUUUACUUCAUCGGUGUUGGGGAGUUUCUCUUAGGACAAACCCCAUUCAACCUUUACUCUGUCUAAGCUAUGAAACCACCUGAAUUAAACUUUAAAGACCAACAUAGCUAUGAUGCAACUAAUUAUCUGAGAACCAACCUGCUCUCAUGACAAUUUGUAAUCAUUUGUAUGAGAUUGCAAAAUCGUUCAAAUCUGGUUCAUACAAAAACAUAUAACCCAAAUUUCCCUUUACAGUGAUCUGGAAAACAACUAUAAAAGGUUAAAUGUUUCUAUACGAAACAAGUAACAGGACAUCAUACACUCUCAGAAAAAAAAUGGUGCUAAAGUUGUCACUGGGGUGGUACUCUUUCAAAAUUAACAUGUACCACUUAAGUACUAAUAUGUUAUUUUAAGGUACUACUAUGCACUGUUUAGGGGUAAGCAAGGUAUGUAGGUGUAUACCACCCCAAUUAUUAUUUUUUUUUUUUUCUGUGAGGGUUCAAUUUCACCAACUCAUAAACUAUUAUGUGGUGUAUAAUUGUUAAGAGUGUGUUGAAACAAAUGGUUGUUGGAGAAGACUGUUAAUGGUUCAUGUCUUUACAUGCAACCUAUAGCAUAUUCAACUGGCUUAUUCAGGAAGCUACAUCAUUUCACAUGAUAACGUUUCUUUUUCUUUUGGAAAUGUAUGGUCAGAGAAGUCAAGUUUAUCCUCAGUGAGGGUUGAUUUGAAAGCGUACGGCCAUGAUUCAUGCACUCAAAAGGCCAGAAAUUUUUAUACAUAUGUCCACCAUUAACAGUUCUGUCCUACCUUUCUUGUGAAGUUCUGUAUAUGCACAAUAUAACGGAGGCACUGCUGAUUAAUGUGGACAUCAGCAUGGAGACAUACCUAUGAGGACAUUGUUAUACAAUAUACAUGACUCUGAAGAGACACACACAGAGACAGGAUGUUUGAUUCCUGCUGAAGUGAAGUUUUACAUUCACAGAAUUAAAAGACAUUCUGUUCAACUCAACCUUGUUAAAUUGUCAUACUUAAGAGUCUGUGUAAACGUCUUGAACCAUUCCAGAAACUGGGUAUUUGAGUGUGGUUCACACUCUGACAUGUACUAAACAGAAGAAAUAUGGAACAAAUAUAUGUGGUUUGACACAAGGAGCAUAACCAAAAUAUACUUUGUGUGCUUUGUUAUUAUUAAUCCCACCAAUGUUCCUAAUUUUGUUGUUAGUAUGUGCAAAUACAUCUCAAAAGUUUCUUGAAAGUU